AUGGGGAAGUACAUCGAGCUGCUCGACGUCGGCGCCAGAAUCGUCGGGAGGUUCUACUCCCACUGCCCGCAGACUGCUCGGAUGUACUACCACCCUCCCUCCAACGCCGACCAGUACCACCAGGAUCACGCCGGCGGGAUUAGUCAGGGGGCAGCAGCGGCGGCGGCGCAGAGCAGCAGCGGUGUGAAAUCUGCUGGUGGAUUCAGCCUCAAGGCUUCCAUGGGAGUUGAUUCCGCCGAUCAGCUGGUUAUGUAUUCCGUCUUCUGA